AGUGUAGGUUUGAUUCCGGAGGUGUUCUCUGGACCAAAAUUUUGUUGAAAAACGAUAAAUAAAUUGUAGCAUCCAAAACUUUAUCUAUGCAUUAUUCUUUUGAAUACGAUUGAGUUACUCAAUACAAAUUGCAGUCAUGUCCCUUUCAAAGAGAGAGUAUGAGGACUACAAAGCAGCAGUAGAGAAAAUGGUCUACAAAUACGUGACUCGUGAUAGGUCAAGUAUUGUUUCAGCCAUUGCUCAUGCAGUUGACUCAGGAUGUGACAAGAGAAAAGUGGAAGAUAAGCUAAUGGGUUAUGUUGAUAAGAGUUUAGCAUACAAAUUAGCUGAAAAGGCAUUUAUUGUAUUAGAAGACAUUGGGCCAAAGUCAAGAGUUCAUCCUCUCGCAAGCGCACACACAAAGAUGAAAAUGAUCGGGAGAAAGACAGCAAGAGAGCCAGGGUCAAGGAGGAGAAAGAGCCACCCCCUGAGAGCAAGCAGCCCCCACCACCACCUGCCACAGCUCCCAAUAACACAGUCAGCCCUGGCCAGAUCCAGGCUCAGGGUAGGGUAG